AACCAUUGCUUAAUGAAAGGAGGUCCUGCCGGAUCUCAUUGACUAUAUAAAGAGAAAACGGGCUCACUCUCGCUCCUAUUGUCUCUGAGAAAAAGAUCUGUAUGUUAUUUUGUCGUUUUCGAAAAAAAUAGCGCGUCUCUUCCCCCCCUUUUUUUUCGGAGUGUAACAGUGACGAGUCGAAUAACCGAGGAAAGGUUUUAGUAUACGCGGCCGCCACCAUGGCAUGGUAGGGGCGGCAUCGCAAGCGACGGCAUCGGCCAUUGCAGAGUCGCAGCAGCGGCGGCCGCGGCCUCGGCACCUCCAAGCAUCUGCAACCAUGGCGUUUUUCAAAUCAUCACACAGCAGUUUUGCUGUAAUUGAUAAACACACCAUCUAUUUGUCUAGGCAAAUUGACAACAAAGUACUAAAACGUGACCAAAAUGAGCUUCUCAAACACAGAGAUGUUGUUGGGGGACUUUCUGUCCCCAUUCAGCCAGCAGUGUUUGGUGGCUGAUGAAGGUCUGGGGCUCUUAGAUGACUGCUUGGAGGUGGCCAAGAACUUCAGUUCGCAUGGGUUCUCCAGCGAUAAGGCUAAAGUGGGCUCCUCCAAUUGGCUGGAUGUGGGCAGUUGGAAAAAUGCCACAGACAGCAACCAGGAGGAUGCCUUUUCUGGCAUGGAUUGGAUGGUGGAGAAGAUGGACUUGAAGGAGUUUGACUUUGAUGCACUGUUAGGUAUUGAUCUGGAAGCCACCAUCUCCCCAGAUGAGCUCAUGGCCACGUUGGAAGACACGUGUGACCUGCUUGACCCGCCCAUUGAAGAAAUUCCCAGCAAAGAAAGUUUAUUAAUACCAGAACCAAUUAACCAAUCCCCCAGGUCUCCUGAAGCAGACCAGGUGGCCCCAUUGACUACAUUAUUGCCACUUCCAGCACCCCAAGGGCCACUGAUUUCUACUGUUGAUCAUUCAUUCAGUUUAGAGCUAGGUAGUGAAAUAGACAUCCUUGAAGGAGACAGAAAAACAGAAACCCCCACUAUAGUGUUUCCCAAGUGUGAAAAAGAGGAUGAAGCACAUUCUGAUAAUGAUAGUGGAAUAUGUAUGAGCCCAGAGUCUUAUCUAGGGUCACCUCAACAAAGUCCUGCCACUUCUACUAGUUCCCUCAGUGAUAACCAGUCAGUUACAACCCAACCUGAUCUUUCUGUGAGGCCCAAGCCUUAUGAUCGCCCUCCAGGAAUCGUGUCAUUAAAGAUUAAAGAAGAAAAGAGAAUAGAUAAGAAACUGAAGAAGAUGGAGCAGAAUAAGACAGCGGCCACACGAUAUAGACAGAAGAAAAGAGCAGAGCAAGAAGCUAUAUCAGGAGAGUGUAGAGAACUAGAGCAGAAAAACGAAGCCCUAAAUGAAAAAGUUGAUUCCCUGAGCAAAGAAAUCCAAUAUUUAAAAGAUCUGAUUGAAGAAGUCCGCAAAGCUAAGGAUAAAAAGACUAAAGCCCCAGAAUAGAGUAGUGGAGUAGGAGUUACAUGCAUGUAUAUUUGCUGAAACAGCUAUGCUUUAAUGCUUAAUAAAUUAUUUUCUAAUUUGGAUAUGUGAA